AUGGCAGUGGAGGAGGACGAUGACGCACCUGUGGCCGAGGAAUUGGACGAGGAAGAGCUAGAUGCGCCGGGCGAACCGGAUGAUGAGGCUGAGGUCGAUGAUGAAGGCACAGACGCAGAUGCGGAAGGAGACGAGGAUGACGAUGAGGGCGAAUUCGUUGGUGCUGUGAAGACGAGAUCUGCCAGAUCGAGGGCCCGCAGGAUCCCAGAGGACGAGGAAUCCGUUGUCGAAGAACCAGACCGAGACGCAGAUUCCGAUGAGAGCAGUCAAGCCGAAGAAGAGGACUGGGAGGCCGCUGACGAUCUGGAGGAGGAUCAAAAGAUUGCGAAUGCAGAUGCCAAUCGCUGCGUCUUCUGCCAACAGACUGAGGACAACGAUCCAAGCGAGGAUUAUGAGGAAUAUCUGGCAUGUUCGGUUUGUGGUGACAAUGCCCAUCGGCAAUGUGCCAGAACCGCAGGCUCGCUAGCUUCCGACGAAGAUGCCGCCCACUGGCGCUGCUCCGAAUGUGUCGAAAAUGGACUCGAAGAGGAUUUCAAAGAUGUGCCUCAUAUGUUGUCGACCCGUCGGGGAUCGUCGGCACCGAAGAUGGCGCGAGAUCUGUUGCCAGCCGUCCGUGGUGGUAUCAAGCCUGGCUCGCAUUCUGUGUUCAACACCUUGAUCCUGCCAGACGACGAGAUGGAUGGAUCGAGGUCGCUUAGAAAGCGCAAGACCCCUUCAGAAGACAUCGAUGAGCCGCCUCGAGCUGCCAUUCGGAAGCGUGCGAGGACGAGUCCGAUAGACGACCACGAGCCACAUGAUUUCAAGCAAAUCGAGAACGCAGAAGAAGACGCUGAUGAUGCAGGAGCUUCUGCCCUUGGCGGUGACGAAAAUGCCCAACUUGACGAGGUCGAUGCGUUGGACGGACCAAGCUCGCCCAAGUCGCGUUCCGGGCGACCACAACGAAAUCAAAAGAGCCGCAGACACGGCGCCUGGAUUGUGUCCAUGUCGGAUGAACCGAAGUCUGCCAUUAUCAGCAUUGCUGUGACUGUUGCGCAAUGGGACCAGAUCCAGCGCGAUGUCGAAAAGAAACGGAAGCGUCGCGAACGCGAUCGACAAAGAAGAAUUCGGAACACUCGCGUAACUGUGACUGCGGAGCCAGAGGAGAAUACUACCCACUUUCCAACAGUACAAACAACCAUGUACACUAAUCCAUUCUUCCCCUUCCAAGAUCGCGAAAUGGAUGAGUCGAAAGCGAAGCCAUAUGGUGGCAUACUCACCGACGCGGAAGCCGACACAACACGAACGUACCCACAGGACGCCGACCGACAAGCAUUUCAAAAUGCGCGUGAAAAAGCGGAGCAGGAAUGGAAAGAGCGGGUCGCGCAGACGAAUGGCGAAACGCCGGCGCGGUCGAAGCAGGCUGGUCAACCAAGCAAGAUCAAAUGCAUCAACUUUGGCCAGUACGAAAUCGAUACAUGGCAUGCUGCGCCAUACCCAGAGGAAUACAGCCGCAACAAACACCUCUACAUAUGCGAGUUCUGUCUGAAGUACAUGAGCUCGGACUAUGUUGCCUGGCGUCACAAGCUGAAGUGCUCAGCUAAGCACCCUCCGGGAGACGAAAUCUAUCGCGACCAUGUUACGAACUCGGAGACAGGCGCCGAAACCACACUGUCAUUCUUCGAGGUAGACGGUCGGAGAAAUCCUCUCUACUGCCAGAACCUCUGUCUGCUGGCAAAGUUGUUCUUGGGAUCAAAAACGCUUUAUUACGAUGUCGAACCGUUCCUCUUCUACAUCAUGACUGAGAACGAUGAGUUCGGUUGUCAUUUUGUUGGCUAUUUCUCAAAAGAGAAGCGAGGCUGCGGGUCUGCGCCUCUUUUGGACCCUCGCACAUCCUUCGAUGACAGCAACAAUCCUCAAGCAGAUGGCGGAGCUGAUGCUGACCUGGAGGGUACAGCGGCAGAUCCGGCUCUCAGUAAUCCUGGAAACAACGUUUCCUGCAUCCUGGUCCUUCCUGUUCACAUGCGGCGAGGCUUCGGCAGAGUCUUGAUCGAGUUCUCAUACCUUCUGACGAAAGUCGAGAAGCGUACUGGCUCGCCCGAGAAGCCUCUCUCGGACAUGGGUCUGGUGUCAUAUCGAUCCUACUGGCGCACAGUCCUUUGCAAGCUCUUGCUGCGCUACAAGGGCAGGGAGGCCACGGCAAGUGAUCCAGCACCUCCACUUUCGAUUGUGGACAUCGCCAAGGAGACAGGAAUGACUCCAGACGACAUCAUCGCCACGCUCGAAGCCCUCCGUUUCUUGGUGCGCGAUCCAAUCACCCGUUCUUAUGCUUUGCGCCUCGACUACGACUACAUGAAAGAGUACGUCGAGAAGGCGGAGAAGAAGGCUACCAUCAAGAUUGAUCCCGCGCGCUUGUGUUGGACGCCGUACGUUAUGGGUCGGCCGACGAAUCUUUUCGCAAUGGGCGAGGAGACGAAUCAGCCUCUUCAGACCGUCGCUCCUCGAGACGAUCCUGCUGAAGAUAUGCAAUCUCUAAAAGCAAACGUGCAGGGGAAAGUGCCGAAAGAGACGGCGCAGAAGACCGAGCAGAGUGUGGUCGCUACCGAGACAAUUGAGCUGGCCCCGCCACUCCUACCCAAUGGCAAGAGCAAUAGUCCUUCGCCAAAGUCUCGUAAGAAGACUCCACCUCCAGCUCUUGAUUUGACGCAAAAGGCAAACGCAAUGGCCGCCUCCCCAGAUCGCACAGCUGGCUCUCCAGGCCGCCGCUCACCUCGGAAGACGCCCAACGGCUCGAAACAUGCGCCGCCCCACGCGCACUCCUUUCCCAACUCCGCCGCCGCGAGCCCUGCGUCAUUCCAAACCAUCUCCGCCAGCGGGUCCGGAUCCCAACCUGACUCUGCUGGCCACAUUCCACCUACCCGGUUCGAGGUCUUUCCUCCUGUUCCCGGCAUGCCCACCGCCAAACGCCGACCUGGUCGCCCGGUGGGCAGACGCAGCAGCGGUCGCAACAACUACAAUACUCCCGCGAGACGUAGUCAUGCUAGUCGUAGCCAGAGGGACGGCGGUGCUACUAGUCCUAGCAGCCGUGCCGGAAGAGACCGUGGAGGCCGGGAACGGGGAGGCAGUCUACGACGUACACGAAGCACUCUAGCUGACGUUGCAUUCACCGCUUCUGCUGUGGCGGAGGAAGAUGAUGCCGAUAAGUUGGAGGUUGCUGUCGAGGAUGAAGAGCGAGAGAAGGACGCGAUAAUGGAAGAUGACGAAGAUGAAGACGCGCCCGGCGAGGAGGAUGACGAGAUCCAGUAUGAGUGA